CAGUGCAGUCAUUGCAGAGCACCAUUUAAUCUACUUGUCUUUUUCUGUCAAAAUAUUGUUAUCUUUUAAAAAAUAUCACAAUUUCAAAAAGCUUUACAAAUUUUGUAUAUUUUGCGUUGUAGCAAAUUGUGUUGUAAAUUUGACUACUUUGAUAGAUAAAUUCAUUAAAUCAGCAUCACUUUUCAGCAGGUCCACUUUAAAGUUUGAUUUAAUGAUAAAAACAUGACAUGGAAUAUUUUAUCAACAGAAGACAUAAAAGGAUUUGAAAACAUGACGACAUGGAUAUUCCUCUGGGUGCUUGUGUCAUCAGUUAUAGUUCAUGGGGUGGCUGCUCUUGCAAGUUUCUUGGCAUUACACAAGAAUAAGCAAGGCAGAUGGUACUCACUUGCUAUUAUAGCUAUGGGUUUCAUUAUGCCUUUGACUGGUGGCAUUUUAUCAUGUGUUAGCAUUGCUGGAGUAUAUCAGUCCCUUGGUUGGAGCAUGGCACCCAGGAUGGCAUUAAUAUGGGGGGGUGGCCAAACUGUAUUGGUUAUCUGGAUAUCUCUGUCAAGAUUACUGCCUACUAUUUGAGGAGCAUGGGCCAGUGUUGCCAGAUUAAAAGUGAGUGGGCACAACACACUGUGAGAGCACCUGGUGGUUUUGGUUUUGGAAACACUAUUUCAGCACUGAUUUUUUUAUUUUGUAAGAACAGAAACGUUAGAUCAAAAGUGAACAUUUUGGAUAUUAUUUAUUUUACGUUGCUUUUGUUUGACGCUAUGUAUCAAAAUGUUUUUGUCAUGGAGUUUUUAUGUGCAAUACUGUAUUACAGCCUGUCCUCGCCUAGUGUAUCAUAUAUAUUAUAUACAUUUGCUUUUCUUUUA